AUGGCUGUGCUCGCACGGGGUAGAAGGAAUGCUUGGCAGCGGCGCAACAACAACCACCACCACCACAACAGAAAACCACAAGCUCCGGUGGAUGAGGAGUUGAAUUUUUUUCUCUCUCUCUCUCUCUCUCUCUCUCGCUCCCCUCUCUCUCUUUCUCUCUCGUGCGCACGCCUGGUCUGGUCUGCCUAUCUCUUGGGCAAGUCGCCUCGUGAACCUUGCGGGAUCGGUUGCAACGUGCAGGUUGUGGAGCCUGAUCAAGCUGAGAGCAAAGGCACCGUUUGCGGCGGUGGCAGCGCCUGGCGUCGGCCCCCUGCUUGCGGCGGGCAGCCGGCCUUGCCAAGACCGUGCAAGGUCUAUCCGUCGCAGACCAACGUACCUUUGAUCGACAGCUGUUUCUCAAAAGCCAACAACUCACCAUCCCAUGGCUUGCUGCACCCGAUUCUAGCGGACUGCGAGGUCAACGGCUGCAACCACGGUACUUGCAACACCUCAACCAACGUUUGCGACUGCGAGGAUGGGUUUCUUGGCCCAGCCUGUACCUUUGAAACUUGUAACGAUGAGCGGACUUUCCGGCCUGGGCUUCUGGUUGAGCUUUAUGAUGACUACAAUUUCAAGUCAAUGGAUGGUGGGCAAAUCCUUUGGCGCAACGUCAACUACUACUGGAAUUAUGAUGCCCCUCUACCUCUGCCCGACAAUUAUUUCUCCAUCGUGGUCCAGGGCGUCGUUCGUCCUUCUCAGACCGGGUUUUACAAGUUCCAGUGUCGGUAUCGUCAGGGCAAUUGUCGGCUCUUUGUUGACCGCAACCAAACAGUCAACAGUGAUGCUUUUUAUCUCGCUGCCGGCCAGGCCUAUCGGUUGAAACUGGAGUUUCAGCACACCUCUGGCUACACAUACUUGUAUCUCGACUGGUCUGGCCCUCUCGUAUCGGCGGACACAGAGCCGACUUUUGUCGUUCUUCCUGCCGAGUACCUUGAACACGAAGUUGUGUGCCCUGGUGGCUGUUCCGCCCGAGGCUGCUGUGAAGUCUCCAAUCAAUGCCACUGUCCCGAAGGCUACACGGGACACGAUUGCAGCAUCUCCAUCAAUUCAGCCAAUUGCGGCCCCGAAUAUCCCCAGGGUCCCUACCUUCCAGGCGGCGUCAAUGUCGCCCUCUAUUCAGACUACUACUGGGGCGCUGGUCAGCCACCCAUCACCCAACUGGCGCAGCGUGCGACGAGUCUCUCCUCGACCUCUUCGUCCCCCAGUAGCCUUAUUACCAAUCGUGACUACUGGUCCUUGACUUACUAUGGCAAAUUGCGCAUCAAUGUCACUGGUUGGUACAGCUUUGCCACCUCUGUGACUUCUGGUUCAGCCGUGGUCUUGGUUGGUCCCCACGCCGUCAUCACACCUCUCGCAGGCAGCAUAUCGCGCCAAGUAUAUCUGGUUGGCGACAGAUUUUAUGAUUUUCGUGCCAGCUAUCGCCAUUCGAGUGGGACUGCCGCUUUCCACGUGUAUUGGACUCCGCCCGGAAAAAGCCAGUCCCUGAUAACAACCUCUGAACUAUUUACGCCAACUCAGGGUAGCUUUUGCCAAUUGCAAAACAUGUGCAACAGCAAUGGCUUCAAUAAUAACGGUCUUUGUCUCUGUGGCCCGAUUCACGAAGGUGACUCGUGUGAGCACUAUCGGUGCCGGUCUGACGAGUGCCGGUACACGGACAAUUGCUAUGACGAGGCCUACGGCAGUGACGACGGCGAAUGCGGGGGCCAGGGUCGGUGCGUGGCCGGUCUGUGCGAGUGCUACGGGGCGCUGACGAUGGAGAGCCAGUGCACUCGCGUGGGCUGCGCCGAUGACGUGGACUGCUCCAACCACGGAACGUGCGGAGCGGAGGGGACAUGUGAAUGCGAUGCCGGAUACAUGGGCGAAGCAUGCGAGCUGACGGUAUGCGGAGAUGAGCGCGCGGUUCACCAGGGCUUGAUUGCGACCUUCUACGAUGGGAGCGGGUUUGAUGAGCGGCGUGCCAUGGUGGCGAUGCCGCGUGUGUCGACGGACCCCGAUUACGAUGCCCCGCACCCGGGGCUGCCAAGCGACUACUUUAGCAUUGUAUAUGCGGGGUUUGUGCGGCCCAAGGAGACGGGGUGGUAUCGGUUCCGCCUGCGGCGUGAGAACAGCAACGCGUAUAUUUACCUGAACCGGAGCUCGUACGAUGACAGUGCGGGCCGCGCGGUGUUCUUGACGCGGGUUGAGCUGCUGCGCCUGAAGCUGGAGUGGCGCCACUACACGUCGGAUACGUCAUUGUACUUUGACUGGAUGGGGCCGUUUGCCAACUCGACGCUGGCCGAGGCGGCGCCGACGUCGGCUUUUGGGGUUGUGCCGGACCAUGUAUUGUUGUAUGAGGCGGUGUGUCCGGGCGGCUGCUCGGGUCGCGGGUGCUGUAUUGCCCCAGACACGUGCUCGUGUGAUCCGGGCUACACGGGUCCUCGCUGCGAGGUUGCGACGGAAGACUGCGGCACCGACGGGCCCUCUGGUGAUCUGGUACCUGGCGGCCUACGGACACGUUUUUUCAACGGCGUGCUGGAGGAUGCCAUGACAAGUACUGCGACAUAUGCCGACGGCGGUGUGCGCACCCGCAUCAACAGCGAUUGGGGAUCGAGCGGUCCUGCGAGUGGUGUGGACAGCAAUUACUGGACAGCCGUGUACACGGGCUAUGUGCGGGCUGAUCAGACGGGAUGGCAUACGUUUCGCGUGAGCGCCAGCUCGAUGGAUGCCCGGCUUUAUGUGGGAGGGCUACGCCUUUUCACUUGGACCGAGGCCUGGUCGCAGCCCAUGUAUCUCGUGGCAAAUCGUCUGUAUCCGUUGCGCUUCGAUGCUCGGGACGGAACGGGAUCGGCCGCCGUCUACCUCUACUGGGAGGGGCCAGGUUUUAUGGAGCAUCUGGUUCCGUCCACUAAUUUGUAUCACAUGACGGAGGGCUUUAUGUGUGGCUGUGGUGAGGAUGCUUGCUCGAGCUACCAGCGCGGUGUGUGUGCAAAUGGCCAAUGUGUCUGUCACGGGCAGUUUGAAGGAGACUCGUGCGAGCACUAUCGGUGCCGAUCCGACGAGUGCCGGUUCUCGGAUAAUUGUUAUGACGAAGCUUAUGGUAGCGAGGAUGCCGAGUGCAAUGGGCAAGGCCGCUGCGUAGCUGGCGUGUGCGAGUGUAAUGGGGGCUUCUUGGACGAGAGCCAAUGUACACGUGUUGGCUGUUCGCAACCCAUGGACUGUUCUAAUCGCGGCCUCUGCAACGAACGCGGACAGUGUGAGUGUCAGGUGGGCUACUUUGGUGAGGCUUGUGAGCUUACAGAGUGUGGCAACGAGCGGGCCAUGUUGCCAGGUGUCCAGACAACCUACUUUAGCGGCUACUCCUUUGACGAGCGGGAGGCAGCCAUUGCUGAGUCCAACAUCUAUCGUGAUCUUGGCACGGGCAUUCCUUUCCCUGGGCUCCCGAGCGAUUAUUUCAGUGCCACUUUUGAGGGCUAUUUACGCGUGCCUACCACCGGAUGGUACCGUUUCCACUUGGCAUGGGAGCGAGGUGAAGGCCGGCUCUUUUUGAACCAAACACAAUACACCAACUCAGCUGUUUCCAUCUUGAUGACCCAAGGCGCCUUGGUGCGUCUCAAGGUGGACUGGCAGCAUUCCUCGAGCAGCACAUCUAUUUUCUUCUCGUGGAUGGGUCCGUAUAACAGCUCAGCAAUGGCGAGUGCGGCAAGCAGUGAUGAGUUUGUGGCCGUACCCUCCCACGUUUUACUUCACGAAGCUGUUUGCACGGGAGGCUGUUCAGGUCACGGGUGUUGCGUAGCCGCAGAUACUUGUACUUGCGAUGAAGGCUUUACAGGGCCGCGCUGCGAAGUGGAGGUGGCAACGUGCUCAUCAACAGCUCGUGGCUCACUUGCGGCUGGGUUGCAAACGCGCUACUUUGACGGUGUCUUUGAUGACGCUAUGGCGUGGGCGCAACCCGUUACCCAAAAUCGCAGAAGCAACAUCAAUGUCGACUUCAACUAUGACCCACCGGCGAAAGGUGCGCCGGCUGACUACUUUACGGUCGUUUGGUCUGGCUACAUUCUUCCACCUCAGACGGGCUGGUAUACAUUUCGUCUCACAACGGACAGCAUGUCGGCUCGAUUGUUCGUUGGGAAUCAGCUACUCAUCCCCUGGGAAAAUGCGUUCUCGACUGAAAUAUUCUUGCAAGCGCACCGGUACUACCCAUUGCGCUACGAUGCGCAAGAUGGAACCGGUGAUGCAGCUACCAGUCUGUAUUGGACCGGACCCGGUUUCAUGGAGCACAUUGUGCCAGCCACUGUGUUUUUUUCGCUGCCCGACACUGAAAGUUGCUCUUGCCCCAACAACUGCACAUUGAGCACAAACGGCGUCUGUCUUGACGGGGUGUGCGCUUGCACAGGUGCUUUUGCUGGAGAAACUUGCAACGAAUUAAGGUGCCGGGUGGAUGAAUGCAGCUAUCAUGACGGUUGUUUUGACCCGGCCAGCGGCAGUAAUGGUGCACAAUGCAAUGGAAUUGGAACAUGUUCUAACGGUGCCUGUGAGUGCACAAAUGGCUUGGGUUUGCACCCGUCGUGUGUUUCGCCGCCGUGUGAAGAUGACGACGACUGCAGCAGCCCGCAAGGGAUGUGCACAAGCCAAGGAUGUGUUUGUGCAGCCGGGUAUUCGGGCAACGCUUGUCAAUUCACCACGUGUGCCCUGGAGGGCGUGACACCUGGUCUUCAGGCGCUCUUUUUUAACGAGCAGGAACGGCUAGUGGUGGUGGCCACUGCGCAGACCACGUUUCUUGCCGCCACCUGGGACGGUAGUCCAUAUGCUGGCGUCAACUCCAACUACUUUGGCGUGCAGCUUCAAGGCAUGCUUCUAUCUCCGGCAGCUGGCUGGUAUCGGGUUCAGUGCACGGUGUCUCGAAUGGCGUGUUCGUGGCUGCUUAACAAUUCAACGGACACGGCUAUUGAAAUGGAAAAGGGUUGGCAAAAUCUAACCGUAGCGUUAUCCCACACCUCAAGCACAGCUCAGUUUACUUGGCAACUUGCCGGGCCUUACGCCAAUCGAACUAUUGCCGAAGCAGACUCUAGCCCCGCAUACUGGACACCGGACGAUUGGCAGAUGGGUCACAAAACGCAAUGCGCUCAGUGCGACCACGGUUGCUGCUCGGGAUCUGGUGUUUGUGUGUGUGAGCCCGGGUGGGCUGGAACAGCGUGCAACAUUUCACUUCCAAUGUGUCAUAGCACGAACACCACGCUGUCCCACGGUGCCAUCGCUCGAUACUAUACCGACAACUCGUUUGGAAACCUGUUGGCAACUGCAUCGGUUGGUCGUCUAAGGGCUAGUUUUGGCUACGAUGCCCCAUACACCGGUGUCCCGAGCAGUUAUUUUGGUAUUCGCUUUGAAGCCUUUGUACAGGUGCCGCAUGACGGUUGGUAUAGUUUUGCUUUCUCGGCCAGCAACAUCAACGGCCUGCUUCGAGUUGCAAACGAGCUUGUCCUCCCCACCAGCGGUGGGUUCACGUCAUCCAUCUAUUUGCCCGCCGACUCGGCGAUACCCCUCUUUUUGCAGGUGUACAAAACGUCGUCCUCCAGCAGCUCGUACAGUUUGACCAUCCGUGGCCCCAACAGUUACGCACGUGAUCUCGAUGUGAAAAAUUUGUUUUACUACAACGGCGUAUGCGGCUGCCUUCCGUGCGACUUGGCCACUGUCAACGAUCACGAUCCUUCUUUCGUAGUUGCAUCCACAGCGACUCUUACUGUGCGUGAGUCGCAGCUGGGCAUUGUUCGAUGGCUCGUUGCGAGUGAUCUUGAUACCGGCGACUCUUUUGGCAUCCAAUAUGGCUUGGAAACGGAUCCCAGCGGUUGCUUCUCUGUUGACGCGGUUACAGGCGCACUGCGUCUCGUUUGCCCGCUGACCAAGAGUGUGCGACCAACGUUUGAUCUUGUGGUCAGUGCCACUGAUUCGGGCACGCCCCCACGCAGUAUGAACGGUACCAUUUCCGUAUCCGUCGAGUGUGCCACUGGCUUCACCGGAAGCAACUGCACCAGCUGUGCUGCCAACUAUGGUGGUUCAACCUGCGCGCCGUGUGUGCCAUGCUCGACCCAUGGCGUGUGCGGGGAAGGCGGUCAAUGCUAUUGCACCGAUCCCACGUUUACAGGCAGUGCUUGUGAAGAUUGUAUCGCUCGCCACUACGGCAGCUCCUGUGAGCCCUUGCCAUGGGUGGCCAGCUUGACUCCGUCAACGGGCUUGGACUACGGAGGGACCAUCGUAUCACUGGUUAUACACAACAUGCCCGCUGUACAAACGAAUGUUGUUUGCAGUUUCGAUGGCCUCUCAGUUGUAGGAACCGUUUUCGGCAACGAUACGGUUACCUGCGUCACACCACGCCACGAAGGCGGAAACAUUGCGGUCAAAGUCAGCUUUGACGGCGGCAGCACCUUCAUUGGUCCCAGCACAGGCCGCACCUUUACGUACGUGGGGGAUUGCCCGCAAACCGAUUGCCCUCCAGCUCGUGCCUCCUGCGUGUUUGGAGAGUGCUACUGCUCCCAAAGAUAUUUUGGAGACAAAUGUGCUCAGCAGUACGUAAAACCCGUCAUCAAGCCCAUCAGCGGCGCCACCGUUUUGCCCGGCGCAGAGUACUCGCAACGUCUGGCUCUGCAGGCUGGGAACGGCGAUAUCACCUGGGUAUUAAUGAACGGGCCAGCCGGAGCGUAUUUGGCAGAUGCCACCGUCUUUUGGACCAGGGCAGUGAGUGCUUCAACAGCUUAUAGCUUUGUGGUGGAAGCCCGUAACGCGUAUGCUGCCGGCGCUGUGAAAUGGGACAUUCAAGUGCCAUUUGCCUACCAGGCGCACAUCCUAUCCACAGGCAAAGGAGGGGUCCUGGGCUCUCCAGCGCAGGUGCGCGUGGAAGGUGUCAUUACCAAAAGCCACGCAGACAUUGUUUUAAGCAACCUUGCCAAUUUGUCAGUUAAAAUCUGGUUGACACAGGCAUCGUGGGGAAACCGCCGCCGAGCGACAACAUCCACAGUCCUGACAGUUCUAACCAAUGCAACCGGGCAUUUUUCAAAAUCUCUGAGUUUGAGCGGGCGCGGUGUUUACCGCCUGGGCGUUUCACACAUUGAUGCCACAGUGAUGGAGGAUGAGAACACGCUGGAAGUGGCGGGUCUGACGUCAUCACUCAGUUCGGUCGAAGUGCCCCUCCUAUCAGGCACCAAUGACACCAUCUUCUUAACUCGCGUCAGCAAUCCGUCAUCAGUCGCCAUUGCGGAUGUAUCUGUAUCGUGGACAGGGCUCUAUGGCAUUCCCAUCCCUUCGGGCCUUACGCCGUAUGUGCUUUUGGACCAAACGAAUAUAGCAGCUGGUAGCUACACGUCGCUGCGCCUUGCUGUUCAAGUCGAGGACGAUUUUGUUGGCUCGGCUUUGCUGGCCGUGCGCAUCACAGAUGCUGUGUAUGGAGUUUUCGUGCCCGUCACAGUAUCCAUCGAUGUGACAGCUCCAGCUGCACGCAUUAAAGCCUCAUCCACUUAUCUAUCCGUCACGGCCAUUCGCAAUUUCUCGACAAGUCGCUUUGUGACCAUUACGAAUGUGGGCAGCGCCGCCACUCCCACGCUCGCCGUGGACGUACCGGCAAAUCAAGAUCUUCUGACCACCACGACGCCCAGAAUUUCUCCGCUUCAGCCUCUAGAAAGUGCCGAGGUAGCGCUUGUGUUGACACCACAGGCAGCAGCUGAGCUGCAGCGCGGGUCUGCAUACGUUGUCGUUCGUUCGGCUGGCCCUUCAACCUUGAACGAGAUUCGUAUCUCGCUUGCCUUUACAAUAUCCAGCAACGCAAGCUAUGAUGUUGCUGUGGUUGCCGAGGAUGAGUAUACAUACUUUGCUGAGGGGGCGCCCAAUGUCUCUGAUGCCACAGUUCGUUUGGUGGGCAAGAGCCGCAGCUUCAGCCAAACUCUGAAGACUGGACCCAACGGGCUUGUAGUGUUUCGAAAUGUCCCUGAAGGCUUGUACCAAGUUAGCGCGCAGGCUUUGCGUCACACUGCUGACUCGGCUAUUAUUCGAGUCGAUGAUGCGCUUUCGCUGACUCAACUGUUCUUAGCUCGAGCUGCUAUUAGUUAUGUGUGGACGGUAACACCCACGCAGGUGGAAGAGACUUACUCUUUUGCGUUGACGGCUGAGUUUGAGACACGUGUUCCGAUGCCUGUCGUCACGAUUGAGCCGGCUUCCAUCGAUUUGGAUCGCUUGUCCUACGGUGACAUUACGCAGCUGGACUUUGUGAUCACCAACGAGGGUUUAAUUGCCGCGGAAUAUCCCGUGCUGAGCCUACCAGAUCAUCCCGUGAUCAAGUUCAUUCCGCUCACAGAGCCCGCCACGGUCGUACCUGCUCAAACAUCAAUCAUCUACUCAUACGAAGUUAUCGUUGAUGGAGAUGAAGGGGAUGAUGAUGGUGAUGGUGAUGAUGAUGAUGAUGAUGAUGACUUGGCACCCACGGGCGGUCCAUCGUCUACUGCUGCCGCGACAGCAUCGACAGAUGUUGCAACAUCGCCCACCUUUGUAACGACCACAGGCGGUGCAAAUCCUCCUGAUGGCUCUACACCUGCUGGUGGCUCUACACCUGCUGGUGGCUCUACACCUACUGGUGGCUCUACACCUGCUGGUGGCUCUACACCUGCUGGUGGCUCCACACCCGCUGGUGGCUCUACACCUGCUGAUGGCUCUACACCUGCUGGUGGCUCCACACCCGCUGGUGGCUCUACACAUGCUGGUGGCUCCACACCCGCUGGUGGCUCCACACAUGCUGGUGGCUCCACACCCGCUGGUGGCUCAACUGUUGGGCCAACGUCUUUCACCGACGAUCCAACAUCCGAUGACGAUGAGGGUGACGACGACGAUGGAUCGGACGACGAUGACGGUGGUUCAGACAACGAUGACGGGGGCUCUGAUGGCGGGGGCUCUGAUGGUGGAGAUGGAGGCGGCGGGAACGGAGGUGGCGGGGGCAGCAGCGGUGGGUCGGCAGCUGCUGCGGCGCUGACUUUGGCCUGCGCCAAUGCCAAAGAAAUGGCAAAACGCUUGUCACGCGCAUUGAUCGACUGCACAAUUGGUGGUUGCCCUCGUGCUCUUGCGAAUGUGCCCUUUUGUGAUACUAACGCUCUCGGCAUCAUUCAAUGUGUUGGCAACAUCGCCACUGGUUGCACUGGUCCUUACGGCGCUGCUGCAUCUGCUGCCUUUGGUGCUGCCAUGUGCGCAGCAAGUGUGGGAUCUGCCUUAAGCUCCUCGGCUCGAAGACGGCGAGAACAGAACCCCACCUUUUUUGAGCUCGUCCGCCGGGACGCCGACGAGGAUCUGGCGGCUGAGGGGCUGUAUCAAGCGUCUGGGUGGAUUCAAAACUAUGUACUUUUGAUGCAAGCCAUUUUCGGGGUGAAUGACAACAAUUUGGCCUUUGCAUACAACUCCUCCUUUCACGCCGAAUACUUUAUGCCUGCACUGACGGAGGGCAGCGAAUUGGAUUCAUUGAUCUCCACUGCGGAGUUGGCAAGUGUUGUGAACGCCUCUCCCGCCAACGUCGAUUCAGGAGAGGUCGAGCUGUGGCUUUUAAAGUACAAUCGCACAGCCGCGGCCUGGUUGACAGGUGCCGUCAACGCGAGCAAUCACGACACGUUUAACCUCACCGACAUUGAGAAUCGGUUUUCUCAGCUUCAAGCCGACACGAACAACGCUUUGCUGCUGGGUUACACUGAUAUUCUGUCCGCGUACAUGGGGCUGCAGCGAGUUUUCGAGCAAUCGCGGGCUAACGCGGCCCGGAAAGCCGGCGUUUGCGCGUCGGUCACCAUCACGAUCGAACAAGACCUGGUUAUGGCCCGCCAAGCAUUUGAAGCGCGACUGGAGAUUGUCAACGAAGACUCUUACGAUCUAUCAGACAUCAGCGUUGAGUUUAUCAUUACCCAUGUUGCCACACGAAUUCAAUCGCGUCAUGUGUUUGAGAUCGGUAGUGCGACCAUGGAGGGUGGCCUAACCGGUGUUUCUGGCGGCGGUGUCCUGCCAAGUGGUUCCACAGGCACAGCAACCUGGCUCAUGCUUCCAAAUGCUUUGGCUGCGCCUACAUCAGCUCCCGAGGAGUAUGAGGUCGGUGGCAUUCUGGUUUACACAAUCAAUGGCAUCACGACAGAGGCGGACCUCUUUCCAGAUACGAUCACAGUCCAGCCGGAUCCUCGGAUGACUGUUCACUAUUUCCUCCAGGAGUAUAUCGUCUCUGAUGAUCCCUUCACAACCGAGCUAGAAGCGGCCUUGCCGGCAACAUUGGCCGUUGUGAUUCACAAUCACGGAAAUGGUACAGCUCAGAACAUGCGCAUUUCUUCCGAGCAACCACAGAUUGUCAACAACGAAAAAGGGCUGCUGGUCAAUUUUGAGCUGCGAAGCACAUCUCUGAACGGUGUGGCUGUGUUGCCACCACGACUGGAGAAUGUCGACAUGGGAGAUUUGACUAGCCGUGCAAGCGCUGUUGUCACGUGGGAACUAUUGACCAGCCUACAAGGUCGCUUCACGGACUUUAGCGUCGAAAUGCAGUAUAGCAACGUUCUAGGCAACGAUGAGCUUUCUUUGAUUGAGUCUGUCAAUUCCUAUCAGAUGCUGCACAUGUCAGCCGUGCCAAACGGCUUUGAGUUUGUUGUUCGUUCGAAAAACGUGCCUGGUCUGUACUGGCUGUUGCACAGCCAAGAUCCGCGGGUCAUCAUCCCACUGGCAAAUCCUGCCAAUCAAACGGCCGUAUACGAUGAGGACAGUCAGAUCCUCUUUUUCUCCUCGGAGACAUUGGUCCCGGGCUUCCGCCUCACUCAGGUUGUAUUACCUGCGCGGCAAAAAGCCAUUCAGGUUUUGCGACAUGAGGGUAACGGUACCGUUAUCAUUGACCCCAGUCGCUUCUGGGUGAUUCACGUCACCGAGCAUCUCCAGCCAGCCCGUCGACGUACCACCAAUGAUGGAAUAACCACGAGCACCCUGUAUGUGGUUGACGAGGAUGAAGGCGGCAGCAGCCUUCCGUAUGACUACGAGGCUCAUCUGGUUCCUGACCCAGUAGUAUUGGAUAAUACCACCAACCCUACUGCCACAACAACCACACCCAGCGGUGCAGCGACAGGAACGCACAGUCCUACAGCAUCGACUACGAAUAACGGCGGUGGAAUUGCAUCAACCUCGAAUAAUGGCGGUGGGGAUGCAUCGACCUCUAAUAAUGGCGGUGGGAUUGCAUCAACCACGAAUAACGGCGGUGGAAUUGCAUCGACCUCGAAUAAUGGCGGUGGGGAUGCAUCGACCUCUAAUAAUGGCGGUGGGAUUGCAUCAACCACGAAUAACGGCGGUGGAAUUGCAUCGACCACGAAUAACGGCGGUGGGGAUGCCAAUGUAUCUCCUUCUACAACUGCUCACGGCGAGGGGGCCGGGGGGGGCACUGGUACACCGUCUUUGACAACAAACAGUGGUGCGGAUGGAUUCACCUCCACCCCACCAGCCGAUGGAGGCAGUAGUGGCGCAUCAUCAACCCUACCCAACGGGGGUCAAGGCUCUGCCAGUGACGAUGAUGACCUCAACUUGGGUCGUUGGUCAACAACCGAUGAUCCGACGCAGCAAAACAGAGACCCAACGGCACCCCAAAAAGCUUCACAGUUUCCUCUGUGGCUAAUUGCACUGGUGGCUAUUCUGUUGCUGAUUAUCAUUGCUGUGCUAUUGGUUCGAUACUGGCGUCGUGCAGGUGCCCAAGCGCGCGCGGAUCGUCGAGUCCGCUCCGUGGUCCCUUCAAAAGACAGUGAAGAUCUCCGCACCCACUUUACAAAUCCUGGAUACGAAGGGGUGGUCGACCCUUCAUCGGGUCUUUACAGCGAGAUUGAGCUGCAAACCGACCGAGCUGUUGAAAAUCCGGUCUACGAUGGGGCUGUGCAGCUGGAUAGCGUGUAUGCUGACGCUCGCUCGAAACCACUCCUUGGAACACAUGCAGGAGCUGCCGUUGUUUCUCAAGCAGAAUACUUUGAUCCGCAUGCCAAGCAGGAUGCGCAGUAUUUUGACCCUGCUCAAGCAAGGCAAGGAACUAGCGAGAAUCACUACUUUGAUCCGCACUCUCAGGUCCCCGCAACGGCCGCGGCGGGCGCUCAAGAUUACUUUGAUCCAAAAGACAUUGGUCUCCGCCCUGUACUUGGUGCCAGCGCAGUUGCUGAAGAUGAAUUGUAUGCUGAUGGGAUGGAAGUUGGAGCCAUGACCACAUCAGGUCUAGUCCCAGAUGAUGGCUACCUCGAUCUCGAGGAUCACCCUGAGCCGACUGCAUCAGAUCAGACGUACUUUGAUAUCAGCCCAGAUGCCAAUGCACUAUUGGAUUAA